CUCUCUCUCUCUCUCUCUCUCAAGCGCGCGCGCGCACACACACACACACACACACACAAGUGUAUAGGCACACACCCUCUUGCGCAUGUUGAUUUAUGGAAACAAUUAUGAUCCUGUCGCAGUCUUUUCUGAGCUAGGGAAGUUUGGAGCUACAGUAGGACCUCUCAUGUUGCAAAAGGCAAACAGCAGAAAUGGAAUACUUUUGGGUCCAGCUGUUAUCAACAGGAGCAAGUAAGUCAUCUGUCUUGAAAACUUUUCAACAGUCUGCUUAGCUGCUAACGUUUGCCAUCCUCACUCUUCUGUAAUAUCAGAGUGCGAGCAGCGAAUAUGAGUAGCAAAAGAAGUUACAGCAGCGGAGGAUAUUGCAACCUGUUUCUUUGAAGGAAAUCCUGGAUAGAGGAUAUUUAAAGGGGUGAUUCUCUCUAAAACCAAUAUUUGAAAAGAAGUUUUGUUGUUGUUGUUGUUUCGUUUGCAAGAGGAAGCACAGUUGCCGGUUAAGUCACUUUACAAAUCCAGGGAAAAACAGAGGACAGGUCAAUGACCACGGAACGACGAGCUACUGAAGACGGAUUUUUUUUCAUUAUGUUGUUCGUGAGCACCCAGAACACUGCACUAUAAUGCACAAAUGGAUAUUGACAUGGAUCCUGCCAACUUUGUUCUACAGAUCAUAUUUUUACCUUAUCUUCCUGGUGGGUGCUCUAUCCUUAGCUUGCAAUGACAUGAACCCAGAGCAAAUGGCUACAAAUGUAAACUGUUCCUCCCCGGAGCGACAUACUAGAAGCUACGAUUAUAUGGAAGGGGGGAAUGUAAGAGUCAGAAGGCUGUUCUGUCGAACUCAGUGGUACGUCAAGAUUGACAAGAGAGGCAAAAUCAAAGGAGUACGGGAUCUUAACAGCAACUACAGUAUUCUCGAAAUACGAACGGUGGCAGUUGGAAUAGUGGCAAUCAAAGGAGUCGCAAGUGAAUACUUUCUGGCGAUGAACAAGUCUGGGAAGCUUUAUGGAAAGAAAGUGUGCAAUGAAGACUGCAACUUCGUAGAACUCAUUCAAGAAAACCAUUAUAACACCUACGCUUCUGCAAACUGGACGCACAAAGGAAAAGAGAUGUACAUUGCAUUAAAACAGAAUGGAGCCCCUAAAAGAGGUCAAAAAACAAGCAAAGAAGACACUUCCUCCCAUUUUCUUCCAUUUGCAGUAUCCUAAUCUUAUAUGAACUAUGAACAACCAGUUCCAGCAUAUAUAUAUAUAUAUAUAUAUAUAUAUAUAUAUAUAUAUAUAUAUAUAUAUAUAUAU